UGGAGCAGGAAAGAACUGCAGAUGCUGGUGUACACCAAAGAUAGACACAACUUGCUGGAAUAACUCUGCAGGUCAGGCAGCAUCUCUGGAGAAAAGGAAUAGGUGACAUUUUGUGUGGAGACCCUUCUUCAGACCGGUGAAACAUCCUAGUGAAUAUUUUCUGCACUCUUUCAGCUCAAUGAGGAGUAUGUUGUAACAUCUGAACUUGUGUAAACUCUCCAGUCACUCCCAUCUCCUGCCAGAUUGCGACUGUAUGUUUAUCCCUUUCGAUUUCCCGUUCCAAGUUUCCAUUUAGUCUACUUCCACCAUGUGACUCAGACUGUGACUCAUCUAGAAACAAGAUAAGGGACGGUGGAUGCUUGAAUCUGGAGCUAUGUUAUAGGUGCUGGAGGAACUCAGUGUGCCAGGCAGCAUCUAUGGAGCAAAGUGAAGAAGGUACAGAGUAGGGGGUUGAUCCUGUUUUUUUGUUUUUUUUGCACUGAUUGAUCCUGGUCUUUUCUUACUCUUCACCCCACCUCCUCCACAAAUAAACUGCAGAUGCAGGUUUAUACCAAAGGUAGACACAAAGUGCUGGACACAAACAAAGUCUUAAGAAAGGUCCAAACCCGAAACGUCACCCAUCCUUUUUCUUUAGGAAUGCUGCCUGACCCACUGAGUUACUCCAGCACGGGCAAGUUGGGCUGAAGGGUCUGUUUCCCGUGCUGUCCAGCUGAGAGUGUGAUGAAAUUUCUCGCGCUCGCCGGGACUGAACGACUCUUGAGCAAUGCCUCAGUCAGGAGGAGACCAAGGGAAGUUGCCAAAUUUCCCAACAUUGGUUUUGUUUUAAACUCUUCUGAAAGUUGCUUAAACUAGUCUUGUGUUUCGCAGCGGGGCGGAGGGAAAGGAGGCGCCUCGCCUAAAUCCCACUCCCCUCCUUUUAAAUCUUCGAGACUCGCGAAUCAUUGCUGCACAUUUGAGCUGUGACUGGACCCGGAAGCAGAGAGUGAAGCCGGCCCAGCGCUCGGGGGCAGAGGCAGGAGUUGCAGCGAUGUGUUGCCUGAAGCCUGUUCUUCACAUCCUGCCAAUCUUCCUGGUUAUUUGGUCCUGUGCCGGCUUCAUUAUAACCUUCAUCAUCGCCGUGGAGCGCAGGGACGUCGUCCCGUUCAUCCCCUUCAUCAGUGACACUGGGACAACUCCUCCAGAGAGCUGUGUUUUUGGAUUAUUGAUCAAUAUAUCGUCUUUUCUGGGUGCGUUCACCAUCUACAUUCGAUACAAGAUACUGCAAACCCUAAAUGAGGCAAACCCCUUAGUGAAGUCCCGUCUAAACUGUGUUGCGUUUCUGUGCGGUUUACUGGCCUGCCUUGGGAUGUGCAUUGUGGCCAACUUCCAGGAAACCGCCUUGAGGGUAGCCCAUGAUAUCGGGGCAUUGCUGGCUUUCGGCAUGGGAACCGUAUACCUCAUCUUGCAGGCUGUGAUUUCCUUCAAGAUGUUGCCACUGUGUAACGAUCGCUGGGCGUUUGGCUUCAGGGUUUUCAUUGCUGCAUUAUCUGUUUUAGUCUUCUUCCCCAUGAUCGCCUGCUAUUUUGUAAGCGGGGAAUCAAAAUUAAAAUGGGAUCCAAUGGAUAAGGGCUAUGGCAAUCACGUGACCAGUGCCCUUUGCGAGUGGAUUGUUGCAUUCUGCUUUAACUUCUUCUUCCUGACUUAUAUCAAAGAAUUUCAGAAAUUUACUCUACGCAUUAAAACAGAGCUACAUCCAGACUUCCAGAAUGACGUUUUGACCCCUAUUCUCUCCUGACAAGUGAAUCUGCAACUUCUCUCGGGAAACGCAACGUAUACCAUCAGAAUUCUUGCCCGUGUUUUAAGACGGUUUACUCUUUCAACGCCAUGUGAUUCCUGCUCGACACUCGACUCCUGAAACAGGCACACUACUACGAGCGAGGGCGACACGCCAUUUUCAGGAGGGUGCAGGAUAUAAUCUAAGGAUCUCCAGUAAACAUAAUUGGAAAGUCCAACAUCCUCACCAGCCUGUGGGAGUCGAGACCAUGACCACAGAAAGGACUGUUGAUGCAAACAGGAAGGGUGAUAUUCCUCAACAGACCUCGAUAUUCCUCAACAGAAGCAUGAGGAAACCAAGUUCAAAUCAAAGGAACCUACAAAGUACUCACACAACUGUCCUGCUGAUUCCCAUCUCGUUGAGUUUUAGUUUAGAGAUACAGCGUGGAAACAGUUUUUUUUUUUUUUACUUUAAUGCAAAUUUAUUUCACCAAACCAAAAUUCUCAAAAAUGCUGCGUGAUUAUUAACUCUUGUCUGUGCCUAGUGGCACCAAAGAAAUCAGUUUACUGUAAAGUUAACAAAAGGGGACCAAAUAUAGCAUAUAGCAACUAUACCAAAUAUGGGCUUGGACAGUUACAUUAAGUUGCUUCUUCCAAUCUGUUUGUGUUUUCUCAUAACACCGCCCACAGAAAUGGUUCACAGCUUCAGAACGGUUGCAAAAGCCACCAGGUUAGAGAGUCAGUCAUCUCUCUGUGGUAGGAAGGAACUGCAGAUGCUGGUCAACACCGAAAAUAGACACAAAAUGCUGAAGUAACUCAGCGGGACAGGCAGCUCAUCUGAAGAGAAGGAAUAGGUAAUGUUUCGGGUCGAGAUCCUUUUACCGACCUAAACCGAUUUCUUCUAUCCGUAGAUGUUGCCUCUCCCGCUGAGUUAUUCCAGCAUUUUAUGUUUAUCUGUGGUUACAACCAAUGCUCAUUUUGUGACGACUGGUGCCUCUAAAAUCUUAACAACUAGAUCCAAGUGUUAGUAUUUUUCAUCAUUGUACACUAUUUUUAUAUGUUUCAUUUUUUAAACAUGGAGUUCAUACCUUUAUCUAAGGGGUACAUUAAUAUAAAAAUAUUGUAGAUAAUAAUUCAUAUGCGUACCAGCUCUUUUUUGUCUACGGAAACAAAAACACUUGCAACAAAGCAGCAUAUAAUGGAAACCUAAAGAACAGCAGCUGCUGGUUUACAAAAGAAAGGCACAGAGUGCUGGAAUGACUUAGCGGGUCAGGCAGCAUUCCAAUGCAAUUAAUUUCUUUAAUCAGGCCAUCAGUGACUAAUUGAUAGAACUUCAUUUCAAAUGGUUAAGGGAACUUACACAUAUGUCUAUUUUAAUGUAUUAACAUUUCAUUACUAUUUGAUACAGAUUAUUUUAUUAAUAAAAGUAUACUUUAUUAAAUUGUGUUUACUAUUUUGUAUUUUCAAUCCUUCCUACCAUCCCGACCUGGGUGGACAGUAGACACAAGGAACUAGGUGAUGAUUUACCAAAAAAAACCACACAAAGUUCUGGAGUAACUCAACAGGUCAGGCAGCAUCUAUUGAAAGCAU